ACAAACAAAAAAAAAAUUCUACAUCAUCACCAUAUUAUUACUCAAAAUACAAUGUCUAUGGCAGAAAUUUUCGAGAGAGUUGACAAAAACAGAGAUGCAAAAAUUCCAUGGGACGAAUUUGCGGAGGUAAUUCGCGUUUUUUAUCCUAAAAUAACAUCCGAAGAUAUUGAUAAGAUGUUCAUAGUUCUUGAUGUCGACGGUGACGGUCAAAUAGAUGCUGUGAAGUUUGCUUCGUGCUUGAUGGUUAAUGAAGGAGGAGAAAGAGAUGAUGAAGAAGUUGUUAUGAAAGAAGCUUUCGAUUUGUAUGAUAUCGAUGGUGAUAGAAAGAUCUCGGCGAGUGAGAUUCAUGUGGUAUUGAAGCGGCUUGGAGAGAAGCAACAAUAGAGGAAUGUGUUACGAUGGUUCCAGCCGUUGAUAAAUACGGUGAUGGUUUUGUUAGCUUUGAAGAGUUUAAGAUUAUGAUGAGCUCUAAGAAAGAAUCACUUUGAUC